AGGCGGAGGAUGCUGCUGCGCGCCUUGGUGGCCGUGUCCCUGUGGCUGCGGGUGAGCCCGCGGGCGCAGGGCGCGCCGUGCGAGGCGGUGCGCAUCCCCAUGUGCCGGCCCAUGCCCUGGAACAUCACCCGCAUGCCCAACCACCUGCACCACAGCACCCAGGAGAACGCCGUCCUCGCCAUCGAGCAGUACGAGGAGCUGGUGGGCACCGGCUGCAGCCCGGUCCUCCCCUUCUUCCUCUGCGCCAUGUACGCCCCGAUCUGCACGCUGGAGUUCCUCUACGACCCCAUCAAGCCCUGCAAGUCGGUCUGCCAGCGCGCCCGCGACGGCUGCGAGCCCAUCAUGCGCCGCUACAACCACAGCUGGCCCGAGAGCCUCGCCUGCGACGACCUCCCCGUCUACGACCGCGGCGUCUGCAUCUCCCCCGAGGCCAUCGUCACCGACCUGCCGGAGGAUGCGAAGUGGAUGGAUUUCACGCAAGGUGCGAUGGUGCCCGAGAGACGCCCCGAGCCUGAGUGCAAGAGCCGAAACCACGAGCGAUGCAGGUGCAAAAAGAUAAAGCCUACGCUGUCGACCUAUCUGACCAAGAACUACAGCUACAUCAUUCAUGCUAAAGUAAGAAGUGUAGAAAGAGGGAACUGCAACGAGAUAACAACUGUGGUUGAAGUAAAAGACAUACUUAAGUCUUCGAUGCCUAUUCCUCUGUCUCAAGUGCCUCUUCUUACAAAUUCCUCCUGUCAGUGUCCACCUCUUCAGCCAAAGCAGGAUGUUCUCAUCAUGUGUUACGAAUGGCGUUCAAGGUUGAUGCUUCUUGAUGGAUGUUUAGUUGAAAAAUGGAAGGAUCAACUAAACAAAAGAUUUAAGAGAUGGGAACAGAGACUGCAGGAGCAAAAGCAGCGAACGGCCCACAGUAAGAAUCAGAAUGCAGGACGCAGCGGGGCACCAAAACCAUCAACAAAGAACACCAACCCAUUGGUCAGUGGCCCCAAAAAGGCCACUAAAACAAGAAAUGGCCAGAAAGAAAUAAACCCUAAAAAAGUAUGAAUGUUACACUUCUGAAAGGAAAGACUUUUCUUGCAUGAUAAGGGUCACAUGCUGGCUUGGUCAGCAUGUUUUAUUAAUCUAGAACUCAUCAAUUUAAAAACUCACUGCAGUUUCUACAUAGACAUUGUUGCUGCACUUUAUUUUUAAAGGUUUUCUUUUCCUUUCAAGCUGCAGAGUGUAGGUUUGCACUAAUUUGUGGUAGGCAUAUUCAAGCUGAUUGAGCUUUAUCUUAGGGCUCUGAUUCCGAUGCUAGGUAGAGAGUUAAGGCAGUAACUACUGCAGCUGCUGGAGCUGAAUCUAUCUGUUAUUAGGAAUCACAGUCCUUGUUCAGAGCAUUCAAAAGCAUAGUUUACCAGUAAGCAUCUGGGUAUGCAUUAUGUGAUUACUAUUUUUUUUAUGUGUUUGCCAGAAAUAUGCUUACCGUGUUACUAUUUGAACUUGUGGGUUAGUGUAGCAAAAAUGCAUUGAAAGCAGACAUUUUUUAAUUGUACUUCAGGCUGGCUUCUGUUGUUGUAACUUCAAUCAUAUUUAAACAUCUAAUUGAAAAAUCUGUAUUUUUUAAAAAAAAGAUUAAAACAGAAUUGUAGAAUUCUUUUUAGUAACAUUUACGUGUUUACUGUAAUAUAGCUUUGUUGUGAAAAUGAAGAGCAUUACUCUAACCAUAACAGAUAAUACUGUACAGUAUUAAAAUAAAGACAGGGCUUCAUGUGGCUCAGUGUUCAUUUGGAUCGUUAACCAUUUUUUUAAUCGUUGGACACUAUUUCUAAAUCUUGCUUAGCUGCCAAAUAAAUAAAUAAAUAAUAAA